CCCCACCUUUGGUGGUAAUAUCCCAAGUAUCCCCUUCAAAUUCCUGGAAUCUCAUAAUCCAUGAAUUAAGCUCUUCUCACAACUAAUUUCUCCUUACAGCAAAGAAAAACACAAUAUCAAUGGCAUCAAUAGGACCAGCAACAACAACUGCAGUAAAACUGCGUAGCUCAAUCUUCAAUCCUCAGUCAUCUACUCUUUCCCCGUCUCAACAAUGCAUUACAUUUACAAAGUCCCUUCACUCGUUUCCUACUGCCACCCGACAUAAUGUGGCUUCCGGGGUUCGUUGUAUGGCAGCCGUAGGAGAGGCGGCUACAGAAACAAAGGCAAGGACUAGAAGUAAGUACGAAAUUGAAACACUAACAGGCUGGCUGCUUAAACAAGAAAUGGCAGGUGUUAUUGAUGCUGAACUUACCAUCGUUCUUUCUAGCAUUUCAUUGGCUUGUAAACAAAUUGCUUCCUUGGUUCAACGAGCUGGUAUUUCUAACUUGACUGGAAUUCAAGGUGCUGUCAAUAUCCAAGGAGAGGAUCAGAAGAAACUUGAUGUUGUCUCCAAUGAGGUGUUUUCGAGCUGCUUGAGAUCGAGUGGAAGAACAGGAAUAAUAGCAUCAGAAGAAGAGGAUGUACCAGUGGCAGUGGAAGAGAGUUACUCUGGAAACUAUAUUGUUGUGUUUGAUCCACUUGAUGGUUCAUCCAACAUUGAUGCAGCUGUCUCCACUGGUUCCAUCUUUGGCAUUUAUAGCCCUAACGAUGAGUGCAUUGUUGACUCUGAUCACGACGAUGAGUCACAGCUAAGUGCAGAAGAACAGAGGUGUGUAGUGAAUGUAUGUCAACCAGGGGAUAACCUAUUAGCAGCAGGGUAUUGUAUGUACUCAAGCUCUGUUAUCUUCGUACUUACAAUUGGUAAAGGUGUGUAUGCAUUCACAUUAGAUCCAAUGUAUGGUGAAUUCGUACUCACUUCAGAGAAAAUCCAAAUCCCAAAAGCUGGGAAGAUCUAUUCAUUCAAUGAAGGUAACUACAAAAUGUGGGAUGAUAAAUUGAAGAAGUACAUGGAUGAUCUUAAAGAGCCAGGAGAGUCACAGAAACCGUACUCGUCUCGUUACAUAGGGAGUUUAGUUGGGGACUUUCAUAGAACACUUUUAUAUGGUGGGAUUUAUGGUUACCCAAGAGAUGCAAAGAGUAAGAAUGGGAAAUUGAGGCUUUUGUAUGAAUGUGCACCUAUGAGUUUUAUUGUUGAACAAGCUGGUGGUAAAGGUUCUGAUGGUCAUCAAAGAAUUCUUGACAUUCAACCCACCGAGAUACAUCAGCGUGUGCCACUGUACAUCGGGAGUGUGGAGGAAGUAGAGAAAUUAGAGAAGUACUUAGCAUAAUUACUCAUUUGAUAAUUAAGCAAACAGUGGGAGUUUGUCUAUAAAAUGUGAAGUUCCUGAACAAGUCCUGACCAUUUUUGUUUAAUGAACUAUUUUUGUUUAAUGAAAAGAAGUGACACGCAAGUGAUAUAGAUUGUGAGACAGAA